UUUUUUUUCCAGAUGACCACAGAUUCACAACCUGAAUUAAAUUGGUAGAAGAAAUGAGCAAUGUUACAGAAUUCAUCCUUCUUGGCUUGACCCAAGACCCAGAACUGCAGAAACUCUUAUUCAUUGUGUGCUUCAUAAUCUAUUUGGUCACGCUGACAGGCAACAUGCUCAUCUCCAUCACCAUCUUCAUCAGCCCGGCCCUGGGUUCCCCCAUGUACUUUUUUCUCUCCUACUUGUCCAUCAUAGAUGCUUUCUACUCUUCCUCCAUAGUGCCCAAAAUGAUCUCUGACUUAAUCUCUGAAAAGAAAACCAUAUCCUUCAAUGGCUGCAUGACUCAGCUUUUUACUGAACACUUUUUUGCUGCAGCUGAAAUCAUCUUGCUGAUUUCCAUGGCCUAUGACCGCUAUGUGGCCAUCUGCAAGCCUUUGCACUACAUGACCAUCAUGAGACGACCUGUAUGUAUUUUCCUUGUGGGGGCUGCUGUAAUAUUGGGAUUCAUUCAUGGAGGGAUACAGAUUUUGUUUAUGGCCCAAUUACCAUUCUGUGGCCCCAACACCAUUGACCAUUUUAUGUGUGAUCUAAUACCACUCCUGGAGUUGGUCUGCAUGGACACUCACACUCUGGGGCCCCUGAUCGCUGCCAACAGCGGGUCACUGUGUUUACUCACUUUCUCUAUGCUGGUUGCUUCCUAUGUCAUCAUUCUGCGCUCUCUGAGGAAUCACAGUUCUGAAGGACGCCACAAAGCCCUGUCUACCUGUGCCUCUCAUGUCACUGUUGUUAUCUUAUUCUUUGUACCUUGUUCAUACUUGUACUUAAGACCAAUGAACUCCUUCCCUCCUGACAAAGCUGUGACUGUGUUUUGCACCCUAGUAACACCUAUGUUGAACCCUUUAAUCUAUACCCUUAGAAAUGAGGAAGUCAAAAAGGUUAUAAAGAAGCUCUGGAGCAAAUAAUGAAAACUAGUGAUAAAUAAACCCAGUGAUACAUGUAUUUCAACAGAAAUAU